GCCGGGGGCCGGGGGCCGGGAGCCGGAAGGGGCGGGCGGCGCGGGGCCUACACAACCGUCCGGAAUCUUCCUCCCGGACUCGCCCCGGAGGCCGAGAAGGAGGCGCCAGGCCUCCGGGCAGAGGCCUGGCAGCGCAGCAAGGUAGCACCGGGGCCGCGGCGCGCUCCUCCAGGCUUUAAAGAUUGGUGCCCUUUUGGGAAAAUGAGGCCUCUAAUUCCUGGUGUGACAGGAGUAGGACUUGCUGUCCUGAAGCAAGCAAGUCACUAAGCUCAGGUCCUGACUCCUCAUUGGGAGAAACUACAGAGAUGGAAACCUUAAAAUCUGAGAGCAAAAAGAGGGUCCUUCCCUCCUGGAUGACAUCCCAGGUGACUGAGAGGAGGGUGGUGCCAGUGAAGACCCCCAAGAGGAGGAGAAUGGCGGCAGGGUCAGCGGCAGCAGGAACCCCUGCCAUGAAGACUGUGUACUGCAUGAAUGAAGCAGAAAUGGUGGAUGUAGCUCUGGGGAUCCUGAUUGAGUGCCGCAAACAGGAAAAGCCCCGGGAACAGUCACCUCUGGCGGAUGCUGAUAAGCUGGAGCUCUCCCCCAUCUGCUCCGUGUCUCCUCACACAAGUUCUCCUGGGAGCAGCAGUGAGGAAGAGGACGGUGGGAAAGACAGGGCUGCCCGGGGCCUCAGCCCUUCCCAGGGACCGGGGACUUCCAGCUCUACCUGCAGAAGCCCCAGGGAGGCGGAGGAGGAAGAUGUGUUGAAAUAUGUCAGGGAGAUAUUUUUCAGCUGAGGAUAAACUGUUCACUGGACUUUCUUCAGAGAGCUGCUGCGGGGGGCUAUGGCCUCCACCCCCACCCCAGGGUGCAGGUGUGGCUAUCUGUGCUCCCAGCUUUGCCCCUCGCUGGGCCUGGCAUCCUAGACCAGAAGCUCCAGGUGCCCUGGGCCUUCCUGGGGGGCUGCUGUUUCCAGUGGGACAGUGAGAACUCAGAAGUUCCCAUUAGAGUUUCUCCUUGUCUGGCACAGAGGGUUGGAAUCCCAAUCGUCAGUCUUCAACAUUCUAAAGAAAAUGAGGCCACAGGAUCCAGCUUUUAAGAACCAAAGAGACAAUAAUGUUCAAGGAAAAGCAUGGCUACUGAGUAACUGGUUCCUAGGCUUUGGUCAGCAUGAUCCCUCCUCAUCAGAGGGGCGAGGGCCAGCCUGGCAGACACACAAGCUGCCCGCAGUUCCCGCUCCACCCGGGAACGUGAGGCUUUCCGUGCAAAGACUGGCAACCAGGCCGGCCUCCCUGAGCUGCCGCCUCUCUUCCACCUGGCAGCUUCUACCUUGUUCCUGGGCAGGUUUAAAGCGAGAAUGGAUUGGGAGCCCAGAGACACUAAGGAUAAAAGAUCACACCAGAGUCCAUGUUUCUGCCUCUGUAUUCAAUGUGGCUUUGGAAAGGCAUAGAAUGAGUAAAUCGUUGCCAUACAGGUGCCAGAAAUACACAGAGUUCUCCAAUGCAUGGGUUGUGGUGCUUCUGUCUUUUCCAGUUCUGAGUGGAGAUGAGAGGGGACAUAGCCUCUGUGUGUGGAUCCAUUUGGUCUAGUCUACCUUCUCCGGCCCAAAGAUCUGGUGCAUCCUGCCCCACCCUCCAGAGUCACAAUGAUAAGAGUGCUUGCUAGCUGACUCCUGCUCUGUCCUUUGUGGAGGGACCUUCCAAACCUCUAAUUUUUUUUGCGCCAUGUGUGUUCUGUCUUUAUUGGAUCCCUUGGGGGCCAUUCCUGGGCCAUGGGGAUGGAGUCCCAGUGAGGGGCUCAUUGCAGCAAGCCACUCAUCACUGAGGGAGGAGCGAAGAUCCUAACCAGAGCCUGAGGGACACUAGGUGCUUUUACAUAAUGGUCCUAUUUGUUCCCAUAAACUGUCACUAGUUAAAGUUUGGCAGUCUUACAGAUCAACCUGCAAAUCUGGCUUCAUGACAGGAAUCUUCACCUCCAUACCCUCGUGAAGUUAGAGGAAGAACUGCCCAGAUGGGUUAAAUAAAGCAGGAAUUCAUGUGGCAGUGAGCCAUGUGAUUUUAGGACGUCCUCAGAAGUCCUAAUGUAGAGACAAUCCUACACUAAGAAGCCGCAGGUGGCCCUGUCCUUACUGCCUUGGUCUCCUUGACACUGGGGUCCCACCUGCUCUGCAGAGUUCCAUCUCCUGGAGCUUGAGAGCAGCAUUAGCUAUGAACAAGGUGGCGGAGAAGACGUGCCAGCCUCUGGUUCUCCGGCUCUUCUCCGAGCAUAGUGAGAACUAGCCCUCGCAAUCACUCAGGCCUUUAGGUAGGUCUAACAGCUCUCCAGCUGGCACUUGUCCUUCUUGGCCCUUGGAGGGAACACAACCGUGGCCAUAAGUAAGAGAACAAGUAAAGUCUGGGCCAGGCCCAGAGCUAGGAAGCCAGGCCCCAGGAGAGAGAGGCUGACCCACCUCCACACAUAGGAGAGGAAGAGGCCCAAGCCACCAGCUAGCAGCACGGAGGACGCUGCCAAGAAGCUCACUGCCAGCUGCCACUCCCCCUCGUCACCAUUGCACCAGGCGAGGAGGAGAGUCAGGGGGACAAAGAGUGUGAGGACCAGGGCACCAUACACACCAAGCCUGGCCAGGGCCAGGCCAACCUGAGACACACCCCAGGCCUCCAGCUCAGGGAAGUGGAGACACUGGAGGGAGCCAGUGUCCUCAUUCCACAGGCAGAAGUUGUAGAAGCCGAUUCUCAGGUUGGGCAGGUCCGCGAGGUUGCCAGCCUUCCAGAGGAGAGCGUAGAACAGCAGGGAGAUGACCACAGCCACCAGGAUCAUGAUGCCCACGAAGAGCAGAUGGUCGCCCCGCAGGGGCCUGGGGAUGGCCAUCGCUCCCCCGCUUUGCAGGGGACCUGAAGGGAAGUCACACCAGUGAGUGUCCAGCUCUCCCUCUGCUCGCACCCUGCAUCUUCACAGGCUCGCAAACUCAUCCUCACCCACCCUACCAGGACAGGAAGUCCCAGGAAACCUAUGGCCAGGACCUACUCAUGAGUGAUCAUCUGCCCCUUGGGUUUGAGGUCAGGAGGAAAAGUCUCUUCAGGCUGCUGUGAAAUCCUGAAAUGUCCCCACUGAAGUGCCCUUGGGUUAAAGGAUUUUCUACAGCUUAAAUGCCAGAAGCCGUUGGAAGCAUUCCUGAGGGAACUUCUCAUCCUUAUGGUGGGUGGGUUUGACGGUGGAGGACAGGGUCACUGUCAGCAGGGUCCUGAAGGUGGAGGAAGGUGUGGAAGAACUGUGGAGCCAUGGCUCUCACUGUAGCUAUGACAACCACCUGGAGAGCCAUAAAAGCCACACAUCAAUUGAAUCUGCACUUCUGCACUUGGGGUGGGCACUGGUGUGUUUUCAAAGCUCUGAAACACUGGGAUGUGAGCCUAGGCCGAGGACCACUGCCAGCCCCUCUCUCUAAUGUCACCUGCCCUGCUUUGAGAACUCAGUACUGGGACACACAUGAUGUCACCUGCUGAUGAAAUCCCAUGCCAGCAUUCAUUACUAUGAAAACAUCUACAAAUUUUUUUUCUGAAAACAACAGUAAUAUAUACUAGUUCUAGAACAUUUAGAACUAGUAAUAUAUACUAGUUCUAGAACAUGUUUUAAAAGAAAAAAAAAAGCCCUUUUAUCCCAUCACACACACAGAACCAACCCAACCACUAUUAAUAUUUCAGUAAUAUUUUCAUAUAUAUUGAUGUAUUUUAAAAUAACCAUUGUGUAGAACAUAAUACUUUUUUCACUGAAUAGUCCGAGUUACCGAGUUACCCAUUACACUAGCAAUUGAUAAGUCAUCUCCAUUUUUCUCCAUUGUGAUAGUGAAGAUGCUUGUAGGAAUCUUGUUUGGAAUCUAAUUUUUCCUUGGGUUAGCCAUCUAGAAGGGCCAUCACAGUCAAGGUAAGCGCAUCAUAGUGAUCCUGCAGCAUCUUGCCAGAUUGACCUAUUGAGACUUGCUAAUUGCAGUCCUUCUAGGUAUAUAUAAAAGUGCCCAGGGGCUGGGGUUGUGGCUCAGUGGUAAGAGCGCUUGCCUAGCAUGUGUGAGGCACUGGGUUCAGUUCUCAGCACCACAUAUGAGUAAGUUAAUUAAUGAAAUAAAGGUUCAUCAACAACUAAAAAAUAUUUUUAAAAAGUAAAAUAAAAGUACCCAUUUCAUUAUACUCAUUAUUUGAAAAAAAUUUUUUCUUUCUACUAUUUUACUCAGAAGAGUGUAUUCAAAUUGGCCUCUAAAACAGUAGCUUGCACCCCGGGGCUUCAUCUGUGCCCAUUUUCCACAUGAGUAAACCAGCUGUUUAUAUCAGGAGUGGGGAGGGAUGCAGAGCUGCAAACUGUGUGAGACGCACGCACUGGAGCCCAGAUACCAAGUGGUGCCCUGUGAGGCGUGCCCAGGAGUGCCAAGCGGGGUCCAGCAGUAAAGUGAUGGCAGCCACUGGUGACCUGGGGAGAACCCAGAGACCCUAGGGAUCAGCUCCUCAGGGGGCCCAUUGGGGAGCAGCCCCCCUUUCCCACAGCUACCUGAUUCUAUAUGGCACAUUUGUUCUGCAGAAUCAGAAAGGGACCAAGUGGAACAAGGCUCACAGAGAGGGCAGCUGCAUUCAAAGGACCUAGAAAUGAGAAUAGGGAUUCAUCGGAGCCUUGGACAGAGACGUGGUGGUGAGCAAGCCCUUGUCAGGAUAGGGAGCACCUGAAUCUGUGCUGCCUCCCCAAGUACUGGGCAGCCCCGAGCAGCCUGCUCUGCUCCCAGAUUGGUAUGGAAUCCCAAUUGUCUGUUUUAUUCAGCUUCCAACGUUCUAGAGAAAAUGAGGCCAUGGAAUCCAACUUUUAAGAACCAAAGAGACAACAAUGUUCAAGGAAAAGCAUGGCUGCUGAAUAACGGUGGUUCCUAAGCGUUCGUCAGCAUGAUCCCUCUCCAACAGCAGCCCUCGCCCCUCCAGCCAGUCUCGAAGACAACAGCUCCAGCCUGUGCCUUCCUUCCCUCCAGAACAUUCUCAAGAGACAUGGUGUCACUGUGCUGUCUCAGGCUGGCCUUGAAUCUUGGGCUCAAAUUGUCAUCCUGCUGCAGCCUCCCAAGAGCUGGAACUACAGGCACGUGCCAUUGUCCCCAAGAAUGCUUGUUCCCUAGAAUUGCAUAUUCUUGAGUACUUUAGUCUUAGAUAGUGACAGAUGACUCGUUAUUUUCUUUCAGAGUUAGUAAAGUUCCAUAUUUUCAAGUAAUGACCACCUAUAUUUCUUCUUUUAUGAAGGGCUAUUCUUUUGCUUAAAAAAAUCAUUUUGAGUAUGUGUGGCCCUGGGUUUGAUCCAGAACACCACACGCACAUGCACACACACAAAUCAUUUCAAGUUUUACUUUUCAUUUGUCAGUCUGAGACCUUUCUAAGUAAAGACUGUUCACAUUUUGCCACCAUAAAUGUCAUAGUAAAGCAAAGUUCUUUUGCUGCACCAGGACCUCUGGACUGCUUCUCUGUCCUGAUUCUUUGCCUCUGGUUGGU